AUGUGCAAAGCCGGCUUCGCGGGCGACGACGCUUUGCGCGCGGCGUUCCCCUCGAUCGCCGAGCGCCCCAAGAUGCCGGGCAUCGCGGUCGGGGGGGGCCGGAAGGGCGGCUACGCGGGCGGCGAGGCGCAGAGCAAGCGCGGCGUGCUGACGCAAAAGUGCCCCAUCGAGCACGGCAUCGCGACGAAUUGGGGCGACAUGGAGAAGAUUUGUCACCGCGCGUUCUACAAAGAGUUCCGCGCGGCCCUGGAUGGGCACCCCGCGCUCCUCACCGAGGCGGCCCUGAACCCCGAGGCGAAUCGCGCGCGCGUGACCCAGAUCGUGUUCGAGGCUUCCAACGUACCCGCAAUGCACGUGGCCAUCCAGGCAGUUCUCUCGCUGUGUGCCCCCAGCCGUGCCACUGGCAUCGCGAUGGAUUAUGGCGAAUAUGUGUCGCACGCGGUGCCCAUCUACGAGGGCUGCGCCUUGCCGCGCGCCAUCUUGCGCCUCGACCUGGCCGUCCGCGAUUUCACGGAGUACCUGAUGAAGAUCCUUUUCUCGCGCGGCAGUUUUUUCGCGACCGCGUCUGGGCGCGAGAUCGCGCGCGACGUCGCGGAGAAGCUCUGCUACAUUGCCUUCGACGUCGACGCGGAGAUGAAGGUUGCCACCGGAGUUUCGGGCGAGGGGGAGACGCGCGAGCUUCCGGGCGGCAGCGUCAUCACCGUGGGCAGCGAGCGCUCCCGCUGCCCCGAGGUGCUAUUCCAGAGCAGCUUCGUCGGCAAGGAAGCCGGCGGCAUCCACGGCGCCACCUUCCAGUCCAUCGUGAAGUGCGACGUCGACAUCCGCAAGGACCUCUACGCCAACGUGGCGCUGUCCAGCGGCGCCACCAUGUCCCCCGGGAUCGGGGGGCGAAUGAUCAAGGAGCUGUCCGCCCCGGCGCCAUCCACGAUGAAGAUCAAGGUCGCGGCCGCCCCCGCGCGCAAGCAUUCGUGGAUCGGCGGGCCCAUUUGUUCAGCAGAAGUUAUCUUCGAAGGGGCUUGGGCGCUGCAGGCGUGGGCCUGCCUCUGCGAUGAAGCGUCGCGCAGGAUUGCAAACGCGAUGCAGACGGGGACAGGCCUUGGCGAUGGGGCGUGGGAGGUGCGCCGCUUGGGCCUUGCGCGCGCCGUGAAAAUCAGUAAGAACACCGCUCUUGAGCCUGACGGGUUGCCCUGCAGGGCGCGGCCUGAGUUGGGAGACGUUCGGGUUGAUGUACUCUGGGACGCCACGCAUGACUUUCAGGCUCCGGAGGCUUCGCAGCUGCUGCAGGAGGCGUGCGAGGGCGACUGCGAAUUCAACGCUGGGGCGCUGGUCUGCCGGUCGAAGACCCCCGUGGGGGAAAGCUUCAUCCGCGGGUGCUCCGUGUUGAGCAAGGUCCUCACUUUCGACCUUGUUGCGUGUUGCAUGAAGAUCAGCCUGUAG